AGUGAAUAUCUUUUUAUAACUUAAAAUAUGUGAAUUUGUUCUUGAAAAUUUCAUUAUUUUGCUCUCAUUUAUAUUUGUAGAUGAUAAUUUGAAAAGAAGUAAUUUUUGAGCACCACCACCUUGGAGUCCCAACAAGUUAUAUGAGCACCCUACCUCUUUGUCAGCUUGCGUACUAUGUCUCUCUCUUUCUGCAGUGAAGAACACAAAUAAAAACAACAAAUCGACUACCUGUCGGGCACCAAUAACCAGCUGCUCGCACAUCAAGGAAACACAACUGAAAUUAAAAUAUGCUGAAACAAAAAAAGAUUAUUUUUUAAAAUGAAAAUAGAGAAAAUACUAUUCUCUAUUGGCCCACGUUUUGAUCAUACACCAUGUCUCCCAAUUCAGUUUUAAAGAGAGAGACACUUGUCGAUUCUAACAUGCCUUAAACUUAGCGAAGAAGAAGGGAUCGACACGCUUGCUCUCUCUCUCUCUCUACUGUUCAAAAAGAUUUCAAUUUCCCUAGAGAGUUCUUGUAUAAUGGGAUCUUACUUGAACUUCAAGAACUUUAAUGAUACGCCACAGACAGAGAGCAAUGCCGAGAAGUCCAUGGAAAGUGGUAAUUUUCCUUUAGCUAGACAAUCUUCCAUGUACUCCUUGACAUUUGAGGAGCUCCAGAGUACCCGUGGUCUUGGAAAAGAUCUUGGAUCAAUGAAUUUAGAGGACCUCUUGAAGAAUAUUUCGACAGCUGAAGACUCUCAAGCCUUAGUAUCUUCUGCUGGUGUUGGAGAGGGGAGUAUGGCUGCGGGAAAUUUUCAAAGACAAGGUUCUUUAACACUGCCACGGACACUUAGUCAGAGGACUGUGGAUGAAGUAUGGAGAGAUUUCCAGAAUGAGACAACAGUUAGUUCCAAUCUUGGACAGAAACAAUCUAAUUUGGGUGAAAUAACGUUGGAGGAGUUUUUGUUCAGAGCAGGAGUGGUGAGAGAAGAUAAGCAACCAACUGGAACCUCAAACAACGUUGGAUUCAACGGUGGUUUAGGACAACUGAGUACCAGCAACAAUGCACUGAACAUCGCUUUUCAGCAACCAACUCGAAGCCCCGGACUUUUGAGUAAUCAAUUUGCUGAGAGUAACAUAUUGAAUGUGGUUAGUGCCAAAUCUUCCCAAAAACAGCAUCAGCAGCGACAACCUCUUAUUCCCAAGCAAACGAAUGUUGCCUUUGCAUCUCCUAUGCAAUUAGGGAACAAUUGCCAAUUGGCUAGCCCAGGGGCAAGGGCUCCUGUUGUCAGCACGUUCAGUCGUUCUGUAAAUACUACUAUUGUUAAAGGCGGUGCUAUGCAGGAUGGAGUUACAGGCAUGGCAGGAUUGCGUAGUGGAGUUACGCUAACACCAGCAAAAGGAGGACCCCCUGGAAAUCAACUGUCAUCCGACAUGAUUUCUAUGGACAAUAUGGAUAGGUCAUCUCUUUCCCCUUCACCUUAUGCAGUUAAUGAAGGUGGGAGAGGGAGGAGAUCAUGCAGCUCUUUGGAAAAAGUUGUGGAAAGAAGGCGUAAGAGGAUGAUUAAGAACAGAGAGUCCGCAGCAAGAUCAAGGGCUCGGAAGCAGGCCUAUACUUUAGAGUUGGAAGCUGAAGUGGCGAAGCUUAAAGAAAUUAACAAAGAGUUGCAGGAAAAGCAGGCUGAAUUUAUCCACAUGCGGAAAAAUCAGCAAGAAGGGAUACCCGAUUCCUCUUCUCCUAGAAGGGAAAAUCACAAAAAGAAGACUAAUGACAAAUCCAAUCACCAAUGGAACAGUAUUGAUGACCUUUCUUGGAACAACAAAAUGAUAACACUGCAGCACAUCAGUAUGUGAUGCUGCAAAUGUAAGGAAAGCAAUCAAAGAAAGUGAUGCAUGGAAGAUAUCAGACCAUCUAAGUCUAUAAUCUCUUGGCACACAGGGCUUAAUCCUCCUUCCAUUAAAAGUACAAAUGCCAUUGAAAGUUGCCACCCCAUAAUGCAGUCUCCCUGUAGCUGAUUUGAAGCUGUCCGUGAAGGAGAAAAACACGCAAGAAGCAGCCGAUAGGAUCAAGAAAAUCCCUGUCAUCCAUUGCUCAAACUUGUUGCAUUGGCCAUCAUUGGUUAGUAUGGGUGCAAAUAUGGUGAAAGCAAGGAUUGUGGCGGUGGGUAAGAGGACGUUGAGACGAGCAGUGCCACUUAAGAUUGUGUUUAUGAUGUAUAUGAAGUUGGAAUCAUCCUCUUCUUGAUUAUCAUAAUCUAGGAGAUAGAAAUCACUAUCAUCAGGUUCCUCAAUAUCAGAUAAAUGCUGGUACAUGAAAUUAUUGUCCAUCUUGAAUUAGUGGGAUUGUUGAAUUCUGAAGAUAGUCUCAAACAUUAUAUCAAAAGCUGCUAACUCAAAAUAAAAUGGUCUUGAAACAGCUUCCUUGCUGAGGUCUAUGGUCUAGGGAGGAAGUCAUUCCAUUUCUUGUCAGGUUACUUCCUUUAGAUCAAAUUCUAGGAAAGGUAUCAUUAUUUGGUUAAGUCUUCUUUUGUUGUAAGGUGGAUGGUGGCAUGGGGGAAGAGGGAAUCCUUUUUUUUGCUUCUGUGUGCUUUUUUCUUUUCCAAAAAGAACCUCUAAAACAGUUGGUAAAAACUUAGCCGCACGGGUAUUUGUCUUACAUUAUUUUUAGUCUCUUUGAAAAAUAAUAUCUUUUUAUUUUUUGGUAA